AAGAGUUGCCAAAACAAAACCAUGGCUAGAAUCUCUCCCAUCUUAACUUUCCAAUUCAUAAUUUCCUCCCUCCUCCUCUCUUCCUCUGCCAUGACCUUAGUUUCUGGGGAAAGUCAUGGGUUUGUGAGAAGCAUAGACCCUAAGUUUCUAGGGUUGCAGAGAGAAAAGCUCACCCACAUUUGCUUGUAUUGGCAUGACAUUGUUGGUGGGCCCCAUCCCACAGCCAUAGAUGUGGUCCCACCACCCUCCAAGUCAUCACCCACAAAUUUUGGGCUAGUGAGAAUGUUUGAUAAUGCACUGACCCAAGGGCCUGAGUUGAGCUCAGAAUUGGUGGCAAGGGCUCAAGGGUUUUAUGCAUCUGCAGCACAAAAGGAGCUUAGCCUGCUGAUGGCACAGAACUUUGCUUUUGUUCAAGGUGAGUUUAAUGGCAGCACCAUAACUUUGCUAGGAAGAAAUUCAGUUUUCAACAAGGUGAGGGAGCUGCCUGUGAUUGGUGGAAGUGGAGUUUUCAGGUUCGCUAAAGGUUAUGCUGAAGCAAGUACACACACGUUUGAUCUCACCACAGGUGAUGCUACGGUGGAGUAUAAUAUUUAUGUGUUGCAUUAUUGAUCAUGUUUUUGCUUGGUUUUGGUAAUUUGGGCCCCUUC